CCAACAACUAACCGACACAAAAACUCACGGUAAAUACAAACAAAGGGUUUAGGGUUUAGCCCUCAAAGCCCCCAUUUCCGUCGCCAUGGCCGGCUUCCGGAGAUCCUCCACACCGCGCCUUCUCUAUUCCUUCUAUGCCUCUUCCCUCUCUCGUUCGACGUUCUCUUCAUCUCCCUCACCCGCCACCGCUCUCCUUCUUGGAAAUUUCCACCUCCGCUACUCUUCGAGUGCGGCCCGUGUGAAGGAGGACAAGGAGCCAUGGUGGAAGGAAUCCAUGGAGAAGCUCCGCAACAUCGGGAUCUCCGCGCAUAUUGAUUCGGGAAAGACGACGCUGACUGAGAGAGUUCUGUAUUACACGGGUAGAAUCCAUGAAAUCCACGAGGUUAGAGGAAAAGAUGGGGUUGGUGCCAAGAUGGAUUCUAUGGAUUUAGAGAGAGAGAAGGGAAUCACAAUUCAGUCCGCUGCCACUUACUGUACUUGGAAUGGUUACCAGGUUAACAUUAUUGACACCCCUGGUCACGUUGAUUUCACUAUCGAAGUAGAAAGAGCUUUGCGUGUUCUUGAUGGUGCCAUUCUCGUCCUCUGUAGUGUUGGUGGUGUGCAGAGUCAGUCUAUUACUGUUGAUCGGCAGAUGAGAAGAUACGAAGUUCCUAGGCUUGCAUUUAUUAAUAAACUAGACAGGAUGGGUGCUGAUCCGUGGAAGGUUUUGAACCAGGCAAGGUCUAAACUCCGGCAUCAUAGUGCCGCUGUGCAAGUUCCAAUUGGCUUAGAAGAGGAGUUUAAGGGACUUAUUGACCUCGUACAACUUAAAGCUCUCUAUUUUCACGGAUCCAAUGGUGAGAAAGUUACCACUGAAGAGGUUCCUGCAGACAUGGAAGCUCUAGUCACAGAAAAGAGGCGUGAACUAAUAGAGAUGGUUUCGGAAGUUGAUGAUAAACUUGCUGAAGCAUUUCUUAGUGAUGAACCUAUAUCACCUGCAGAUCUUGAGGCUGCAGUUCGGAGGGCUACUGUUGCACGGAAGUUUAUACCUGUAUUCAUGGGUAGUGCAUUUAAAAACAAGGGAGUUCAACCACUUCUAAAUGGAGUACUUAGUUACUUGCCUUGUCCAAUUGAAGUUAGUAAUUAUGCUUUGGACCAAACAAAGAAUGAAGAAAAGAUUAUGUUGAAUGGUACUCCAGAUGGACGGCUUGUGGCAUUAGCAUUUAAGUUGGAAGAAGGUCGUUUUGGUCAGUUGACAUAUUUGAGAAUCUAUGAAGGUGUCAUCAAGAGGGGAGAGUUUAUUGUCAAUGUAAACACAGGCAAGAAGAUUAAGGUUCCUCGCUUGGUCAGGAUGCAUUCUGAUGAAAUGGAGGAUAUUCAAGAGGCACAUGCUGGGCAAAUAGUUGCAGUUUUUGGUGUCGACUGUGCAUCAGGAGAUACAUUUACGGAUGGGUCAGUUAAGUACACUAUGACCUCUAUGAACGUUCCUGAGCCAGUGAUGUCAUUGGCGGUACAACCAGUUUCCAAAGAUUCUGGAGGCCAGUUCUCAAAGGCUUUGAAUCGGUUUCAAAAAGAGGACCCAACUUUCCGUGUUGGGUUAGACCCAGAGAGUGGGCAGACAAUAAUUUCAGGGAUGGGAGAGUUGCAUUUGGAUAUUUAUGUCGAACGCAUUAAGAGAGAGUACAAGGUUGAUGCAACUGUUGGAAAGCCUCGUGUGAACUUCAGAGAGACUGUCACUCAACGUGCUGAAUUUGAUUAUUUACAUAAAAAACAGACAGGAGGCCAAGGGCAGUAUGGGCGAGUAUGUGGAUAUAUUGAACCACUUCCUCAAGGAUCACCAACUAAAUUUGAGUUUGAGAACAUAAUUGUCGGACAAGCUAUACCAUCAAAUUUUAUCCCUGCAAUCGAGAAGGGUUUUCGGGAAGCUGCCAACUCUGGCUCAUUAAUUGGGCAUCCUGUCGAGAACCUUCGUGUUGUCUUGACUGAUGGUGCUGCUCAUGCUGUUGAUUCCAGCGAACUUGCAUUUAAAUUAGCUUCAAUAUAUGCAUUUAGACAGUGUUAUGCAGCUGCAAGACCGGUGAUAUUGGAGCCUGUUAUGCUGGUAGAAGUGAAAGUACCUACCGAAUUUCAGGGCACCGUUGGAGGUGAUAUCAACAAGCGAAAGGGUGUUAUUGUUGGAAAUGACCAGGAUGGAGAUGACUCGAUAAUUACUGCAAAUGUUCCAUUAAAUAAUAUGUUUGGGUACUCAACAUCUCUCCGUUCGAUGACUCAGGGUAAAGGAGAGUUCACAAUGGAGUACAAAGAGCAUUUACCAGUUUCUAACGAUGUUCAAAUGAAAUUAGUAAGCAACUACAAAGGCAGCAAGCCAGCUGAGUAGAGUAGUUGGAUGCAUUUUGGUAUGUUGUCUCUGGGCAUAGCCAAAAUAUAUAAGGUUUUCCUUUUCAUUUAUUAUUAUAGUUAUUAUUUGUCUGAUGAUAGACAAUAAAUUUUGAAACAACCUAAUAGAAUGACAUUUCAUUUUUUCAUUAGAAUACUUGGCAUUGUCUUGUGAAAUGGCAGGAUGACUUGUAAUAAUAGGUUACUGAAUCAAAAUAUAUAAGGGGUCUUCCUUUGAGCUUUUGUAUUUUAGUUUCCACGGUGACAAUUAUGAC